CCAUCUGGAUUCUCUGUGCGUACGAGAGAACCGCUCCAGCCGGAUAUAACCGUUGUGUCUACGCCGUUCUCGCUGGCUAUCACUCUCGAAUUAGCUAGGAACGCUUUGCGUGAAGUCCUUGGAGAAGAUGUGAAUGCUCGUCUGUUGUCAAUGUCUGAGAGAGAGGUGAUCUGUCUUUACGUGUGCAUGCAUUGGGUGCUUGGGGAGACAAGUGGCACGCCUUCCCUUAGACAUUUCCCUUACUUGAACACUUUGCCUUCGCCGACGAAGCUGCGGACGCCACUUCACUUCACUGAUGACGAGCUGCAGGCCUUCAAGGGCACAAAUUUGUUCGGAGCCACCCUUGAUCGAAGGAGACAGUGGAUGCAGGAAUGGCAGCGGUGCAAGGAAGUAGUGAAGGGAGUCGACGAAAAAUGGGCGGAAGACUUCACAUGGGAAAGGUAUCUGACAGCAGCGACAUAUCUGUCUUCACGCGCCUUUCCUUCUUCCGUCCUCUCUCGCACACCCUCGCUCAAGCCAUCAUCAGCCUCCUACCCUGUUCUUCUACCCGGCAUAGAUGCCCUCAAUCAUAGUCGGGCGCAGCCUGUCUCAUGGCUAGUAACGUAUCCCGAUCCAUCUCAUCCGCAAGCUGAAAGCGAAAUUUCGACUUCCGAGCCAAUAAUAUCUCUAGUUCUCCACUCAUCUCACGGCACGGGCUCCGAGCUCUUCAACAACUACGGCCCGAAGCCAAAUUCAGAAUUAAUUCUAGGCUACGGAUUCUCUCUGCCGAACAACCCGGAUGAUACAAUAGUACUGCAGCUAGGCGGUAGUCCGAAGAAGUGGGAGGUUACGCGUGAUGCAAAGGGCAUUGACGGCGUGUGGGAGGAGGUUGUGGACGUGAUGAGGAAUUCGGCAGGAGAAGCUGGGUACGAGGACGACGGAGAGGACUGGCAGGACGAGGUGGAAGCUGCGGGUAUUCUGCAAGAGAUGACCCAGGUGCUCAUGGAUCGGUUGCCACCGUUUCCUCCAGUGGUUCCGGUGCGGGAGGAAGUGAAGGUAAUGUUAGACCAUUAUCUUGAAGGUCAGUCGUGUCCACACCUGGAUGAUCGAGUCCUCUGGAGGGCUGGAAUUUGCGUCCUCGUAGGUCAGAGAGCGAUUUUGGAGAGUAUCAUGAACUUUGCAAUCCAGAAAGAAGAUAUCGCUUUAGCGCAAGCUGGCCAGACACGGCUAGAUAUCGUCGAGGAAGAGGAAGAGGAAGAGGAAGAGGAAGAGGAAGAGGAAGAAGAGAGCGAAGCGCGAGUAUGA